AUGACUCUUCAGUUCAUUCUGUUCUAUUUGAUAUAUUAUUGCCAUUUACUCCCAACAGAAAUAAUAGCAUAUAAUACUAUGCUGUUGUACAGAUUUAGUAAUUCAGUUGAAGAAUCUUCCAAGAAAAGAUAUGCAGGGAAUCUACUCUAUUUAGCAAUAGAGUUGUUUUCACCAGCAUUGUAUGACUCAUGCGUCGAAAGUUUGAGGCUUGUUCCAACAAAUUUAGUUCAACCAUUAUCAAUUGGAAGAAGUGAAGUAUUUUCUAAAAUAAUCGAAAAUUUAGAGAAUACGAUAAUCAUAACAGAUGGAAGAAACCAUGACAUACCUAAACAAACAGUUGUUGAACAUAACAAAAAGUGUCUCAACACUAAAUACUUCAAUCAUAAAAGCAACAAAAAUGGGGUCAAGUCAAUAGUGUGUAUUAACAGAUCAGGAUAUUCUGUAUUUUGUUCCAACUCUUAUAAUGCUGCUGUCCAUGAUAGCAAUGUAUUCAACAUGGAAUUUGAUUACAAUUAUUUGGGUGGCAAUUACUACAUCAUGGGAGAUGGUGGGUUUAUGGGAGUUCCUCGAAUGAUUUGCCCAUACCCCCAAAAGUGUUGUGAAUCGAAGUGUCUGAAUAGUUAUUUGAGUGAACCUAAUGUCAAGUGUGUAAUAAUUGGGUCGUUCGAGUUUAAUGAAAGUGUUUGGUUUUUAACAAUUGAAGUAAUUGUUGGGUUUUAUGGUGUCUUUGAUAAAGAUAUGGUAUUUGAAGGGGAAUGCAAAGGUAUUACAAACAACCAAAUGGUUGAUAUGUUUGGUGGUGGGUCAUCUUCGUAUUGGUCUUUGAAAUUAAAUAGUAAAGGUAAAGUGUAUAUCGAUGAAACGGUGGCAAAAACAACAAAGGAGUAUUUAUUGUUACAGCAAAUUACAAUUGAAGGAUAA